AAACCAAUGCCUUGCUGCAGAAUCUACUGAUUAUCCAAUAAGGGUAUCGGAGGGAAGAUACCUUAUGUCAACCUUUUGAAUCUGUCCGUUGGAUUCAUUUAGUACGGAUUUGACGCCUUAUCCCAGGACAGAGACAUAUUCGUCGAUUAUAUUUAAUUGUUGUUGUUUCAACUGGUAAUAUCAGAAGUUGACCGAAUGGAUCCAAACAAGCCUCCUGAUCUCAGUAGUAUGACGAGCGUUCCUUGGCUGGGACGCAGAAGAGGACCACAGCCUGAGGAGCCGGCUGUAGGACGUAGUAGAGGGCUGCCACUCUCUACAGAAGGGUCUGGUAUAGGACGAGCCAGAGGUUUUACAACUCCUGGCAAUACCCCACAAGGACGAGGAGUAACUCUACCCUUUACUGAACCUGUGUUUGGACGAGCUAGAGGCCUGCUGGUGCAACCUGAUGACGGAGGAGUUGGCCAAGCCAGAGGGCUGCUCUUGCGAGCAGCUGAACCAAAAGUAGGGGUGGCAAAAGGUGCAAUCCUGCCUAGUCUGGAGCCACAGCACGGACAGACACCUCCAUGUGAUACCACGACGCGAGACCUGACAGAAGAGACCUCUGCAACAAAAGAGAUUGACAUGCCUAUCCAUGGUCAAACAUCAACACUGGUCUCAAUGUUUAGAGGAAUGGGCAUUGAGCCCUCAGUGACCUCAUGGGGAAGAGGAACACUACCAGUGGGAAGAGGAGCAGCUGGAGAUUUGGGAGAUGUGAAGUCGCAAGGUGCCCCAGUAGGUGUCAUCAGCAGCCCAGAAAGCAUUGGCCAACCUGAAGAGGUUAUGGGCAGAGGCAGCAGUUUCCAUGGCUGGGGUUUGUCCCCUCAGACAAUGGUGGGACUUGGAAGAUCAGUAAUGGCGCCGCUUGGAUUAGGAGGAAGAAGCCCUCUACUUCCUUCUUUUUCUCCAGGUCGUGUCGAGUCUGUUUCUCCAGCCUCUGGGCAACAAGCAACCUUAUACUCUCAGGCUUCCCACACAGUGCCCACCACUCAAGAGAUGCUGGAGCUUUCCACUGUUGCACCAGCAAAGAUGGAGCUGAAAAUGGAGGCAGUCUGUGAGCCACUUAAUAAGGCUGGAACAAAAGGAGCUCCUAUAACUAUUGGCUCAAAUCACAUCCCGAUUCAUUGCAAGAAUGAAGCUGUUUAUCAGUACCAUGUUACGUUCACUCCAAAUGUUGAAUCAAUGGCAAUGCGCUUUGGCAUGAUGAAAGAUCACCGCUCGACCACAGGGGAAGUGGUAGCUUUCGAUGGCUCCAUACUCUACCUGCCUGUUAAACUGAAUGACGUGGAUGUUCUCAAGAGUUUGAGACGGACUGAUAAUGAGGAAGUACAAAUCAAAAUCCAAAUGACGAAGAUUUUGCCACCCAACUCGGAUCUAUGCAUCCCAUUCUACAAUGUGGUGCUCAGGAGGGUAAUGAAAAUGAUUGGACUGAAGGUGGUGGGUCGAAAUCAUUACGAUCCAGAAAGCGCCGUCAUACUUGGAAAACAUCGGCUGCAAGUGUGGCCAGGCUAUUCAACCUGUAUCAAGCACACAGAUGGAGGUCUGUACCUGUGUGUGGAUGUGUCUCACAAAGUCUUGCGGAAUGACUCCGUGCUGGAUGUCAUGAACAUGCUGUACCAACAGAGCAAAGAGAACUUCCAAGACGAAUGCACCAAAGAGCUCAUCGGCAGCAUCGUUAUCACCCGUUACAACAACCGCACCUACCGCAUUGAUGCCAUUGAGUGGAACAAGUCACCCAAAGACACCUUCACUUUAAUGGAUGGCACAAAAACCACCUUCAUAGAAUAUUACAGCAAGAACUAUGGGAUUACAAUCAAAGAGAUGGACCAACCUCUGCUCAUGCAUCGGCCAAAGGAGAGGUCCAAGCCUGGUGGGAAGCAAAUCAUUACUGGAGAGAUCCUUUUAGUCCCAGAGCUUUCCUUCAUGACGGGAAUCCCGGAGAAAAUGAGGAAGGACUUCAGAGCUAUGAAGGACCUGACCAUGCACAUCAAUCUGAGCAGUGAGCAGCACACCCACUCAAUAAAACAGCUUCUGAAGAACAUCCGCACCAACGCUGAGAGUCUGAAGGAGCUCAGCCAAUGGGGACUGGAGAUUUCCUCAGAAAUCCUGGUGAUUAAAGGUAGAACUCUGCCUGUUGAAACUAUCUGUCUGCGGUCUUCAUCCUUUGGUACUGGUGCUGAUGUAUCGUGGUCCAGAGAGAUUGUCAGGGAUGCUUCAAUCAGCUCUAUCCCAUUGAACAUCUGGGCAAUCUUCUACCCUCGCCGCUGUGCAGAGCAGGCUGAAGAGCUGGUUUCCACCUUUAACAAGGUGGCCGGGCCUAUUGGGGUGCGACUGCAGCGACCCAUUCGCGUGGAGCUGAGGGAUGAUCGCACUGAGACUUAUGUCAAGAGCAUCCACUUUCAGCUCACCAGUGAGCCCAAUAUGCAGCUCGUAGUGUGCAUCAUGGUCGGCAACAGAGACGAUCUCUACAGUGCCAUCAAGAAGCUCUGCUGUGUCAAAAGUCCCAUCCCAUCCCAGGCCAUCAACGUCCGGACAAUUUCCCAGCAACAGAAGUUGAAGAGUGUUGCCCAAAAGAUACUCCUGCAGAUGAACAGCAAGUUAGGAGGAGAGCUGUGGACUGUCAAUGUCCCUCUGAAACACUUGAUGGUGGUUGGAGUUGAUGUCCACCAUGACACCAGCAAGGCGCAUCAGUCAGUCAUGGGCUUUGUCGCAAGUGUAAACAGCUCAAUGACCCGCUGGUACUCCAGAGUAACUUUCCAGACACCCACUGAGGAGCUGAUCAAUGGCUUCAGAGUUUGCUUACUGGCCGCACUGCAGAAGUACUACGAAGUGAACCACAACUUGCCAGAGAAGAUUGUGGUGUAUCGGGAUGGUGUGUCAGAUGGUCAGCUGAGGAUGGUGGAGCAGUACGAGAUCCCACAGUUGAUCAAAUGCUUUGAGACUUUUCCCAGCUAUGAGCCCAAGCUGGUCUUCAUUGUGGUGCAAAAGCGCAUCAGCACCACCCUCUACUCCUGGGCUGCAAACAACUUUGGCACACCUCCACCUGGAACUAUUCUGGAUCACACCCUCACUCAUAAAGACUGGGUGGACUUCUAUCUGAUGGCCCAUCACAUUCGCCAGGGCUGUGGACUUCCUACACACUACAUCUCUUUGUACAACACAGCAAACCUCACACCAGACCAUCUGCAAAGGCUGACUUUCAAGAUGUGCCAUUUGUACUGGAACUGGCCGGGCACCAUUCGUGUUCCAGCACCAUGCAAGUAUGCCCACAAACUGGCUUUCCUGUCUGGCCAGUACCUGCACUCAGAGCCAGCCAUCCAGCUAUCUGACAAGCUCUUCUUCCUUUGAGCUGCAGCAGUUACUACCAAGAGCGAACUGCUCAGGUCACAGCAAAACCAGCUGUGAUUUAAAAAAAACAGUGCUGAAAGACUAACACCUCGUCAUUAAUGUGACUUCAGACUUUAAAGAAUACUGGGUUAUGGGAGAAGUUUGCCUCCAGGGCUUUCUGCCUUCUGCCAAAAAGGCUCUCUGGCAGAAAGCCCUGAAGGCAAACUUCUACAGAAUAAUGUAGACUGUAAAACACUGUAUUGAUUGUAUAUAAAAAAAAAAGUAAUAAUAAUAAUUGUUUGGGGUUUUUUGUUUGUUUGUUUUUGUUGGGGGUUUUUUGGGCACUUUAAGGACCACAAGCUUGACUUCAUAUAGUCCCAUUAUAUACAAAAAUGCAGACAUCUCUACGGCCGAUAUCUCCAAAACUCAGCAACUCACACCAAAACCAUCUAGAUGGAUAAAAAGCACUACAGGUAAGAAGAAAAAUGUCUUUUUGAUCUUGAGGUGAACUGUCCCUUUUAAGUUUGAAAUUUUUAGCCCAAAGUUUGCAAAGUUUUGGCUUUGACUUUUCAGCAUAGUUUUCUGUAUUUUUAUUUAUUUAUUAUUUUAUUUUAUUUGGGUCAUUGUUCCUGUGGCAUAAUUAUUAGUUAAUGUUAAUUCAGAUUAUAUUUACAAACAGGUUUACAGGUGUACUUUACAAAGAGGUGUAUACAGUUGUACAAGUUAAAUCCAACCUCGUCUUUGUACACUUUAUAUCUUUCAGCUUUACAUGUCUAUAAUGCUGCAUGAUAUAAAUAAAGCUUUUUUUUUUGUAUAACUGGGAAGACUUAAAUACAACAUGAGUCUCUUAACACUUUAUUCUGGGUCAUCAUAAUCACUCCAUAUUGUUUCCAUAAUCAUUUGGCCAAAGAAAGCGCCGUCAUUUUCAAAUUCAAGACGUUUGCACAUUUCUGCUUUGGUCAGAUUUUUUAUUUUGUUGUUCAAAGAUGCAAAGUUAGACCAUAAUGAAAGAAAUGAAAACAUUUUAUGGCAGAUUCCCUAAUACCAGUAUCUCAGCACUCCUGCCCAUUGAGUUUCUUCUGUCUCAGUAAUGUUAAAGGUCGUUGCACUCUGUGAUCGUGGGCCCACUUUCUGUUCAAAGUCGGAAGCAGUUUUUGUCGAUGGUAUUAUCUGGUUAUAAGAUAUAUCACAGUGGAACUAUUAUUUUUGCCACCACUGAUGGCGUCUUUCUAAUAGGGAGAGAGGACAUUAAUUUGCGGUGAUUGUAAAUGGUAAGGGCAGUGUUUUUCAGCAUACCAAACUUCAUUCAUAAAUCAUACAGUUUUGUUUCCUGUUGGUGUACAAAGGCACUUACGUACUGAACGCGCUUAUUUUAGAUGUUUCAUAAAUCAAGAGGGUCUAAAGGGAAGUUAGGCAUGGAAACAGCUGUUUUUACACGCCUCCCCGGCUUCUCUGGGUACAGAGGCUGAGGGGUAUCAGAGCAGGAGGAUUUAUUUCUAUCAUACAAAUCGUCCUGUCUUAAUAGUCUAACCUUUAAUAUUUCUCUCCCACAGAUUUAUUGAAUUGAUUCUCAAAAAUACGGAACAAAAGUGCGUCCUGUAUCAGUUACAUAUCUUUUAGUUUCCAAUUAAGGGACGUUUAGGUAUUUUACGGUAUGGUUGGCAUCCCUGCUACCUGAUGUGUCUUGAGGUCAAAUUUCUAUCCGUGGGUGUUCUUUUACAGCAGUGUAAUUGAAUUCAGACAUCAUUCAUUUCUCUCAUUCACCCUAACCCUAAUCAUUAAUGAGUUCCAACACUGAUGUUGGGUGAUCAGGUCUUGCUCGCUGUAGGAGUUCCAGUUCAUCCCAAAGGCUGAGAGGCCUCGUCCACAUCAAGAAAAACAGCCCCAGAACAAAACCACAAAAGUAGUGCAAGCUAAAAACCUAAUAAUUAAAAAUACAUCUUUUUUUCCCCUUAAAAAGGUGUGAAAAUUGGUUGAAUUUAAAGAAUGACAGAUUUGCUUUUAUUACAUUUUGACUUGCAAAAAAAGGAAGCAACAGGAGGCUUAUUAACUAAAAAACAGGAAAGGAUUCAUAUCACAGCUGGGUUCAGCUGUCUGGACAGGCAGCUUCUGAGGCGCAGCUGAUGGAGUACCAGAAACCUCUGUGAUGGCUCUGUUUUUGGUCUUUGCUUGGCCCACAAUGAUCUGUGGUAGUUGAUAAACAUGCUGAAUGUCAGCUGGUUGAGGGUCAAGAGCAGGGCAGAUUUAAGCAUGUGGAAGAGGCCCAGCAGCCACAGGAGGAGGCAGUUGAAUCACCUACAAGAAAUAUCUUUUAUCUAAUUUGCUCUAGAUCACUCUGGCAACAUCCAUUCAGCCCUCUGCUGUCCACAUCCCUCCUGUUUCCAUGUCAGGUGCUACACCACAGGCGCCUGAAGAACAACUGAUAUAUAUAAAAUAUAUGUACAUGUACGGGCUGUGUGGACAGCCUUGCUGAUCAUUUAGUGGGUCUGUGCCAACAAACAGGUCAAUACCAUCACUGGCCUGUGGCGAAACCUGCCACCUUACAACCAGCAGUGUGUGAUCUUUGGGGACAGUUGAUUCCGUCUAAUGAGAAGGUAAUGCAAGGCACCACACUGCAACUAGUGGAGGUAAACUCGGCUACACUUGGCAAAUUGUACAACAAGCAGGUCAACAAGGCAAGAUACUGCCUGUUGAUCUUUCAAAACCAAUGAUCUUUCAUUUCUUCCACUAUGUUCCCAUUACUGUCUGUGUGAUUACUACCCCAUAAACUGCUGUGCAUUCAAAUCUCCACACCAUAUUUCUUUUCUACAUACUGUCCCUGCCAUUUCAUUGAACAAGUCAUUGGUUAGAUGUCUGCAUUGAUUGUAUAGAUUGAUUAACUUCAUAUUUCCUUCUUUCCUUGGGCUAAAUCUAAAUGAGGACGUAACCAAGUUAUGUGCACACAUACUACAUCUGGAACUACUUCUGAUUCAUUAAUAUAUUGUUUUUAUUCUUGGCCAUUGGCGACUUGCAUUCCACUGUAGUAUGUGAAGUACUAUAAUUAAAGUCUUAACCCUCAACUUUUUCUUUUUCUCCAACUUACUAUUCUUCAGUGAGCCAUCCCUUUUACCCUUAAUCUUUGUGGCAUCUAUUACUUUGCCUCCUUGGAACUCAUUUUUAACAUCUUCCAUAGACAUACUCAGUGGGACUCCUCUAAGCUUGACCAUUGCUCCAGGGAUAUGAGCCUUCAUCCUUUCCCCGUCAAGUGACGACAUUCGGUGUAUCUUUUUCUGCUGCUGUUUGCUGGCUGCAUGUAUCAACACUCGUUUAUUGUUCAAAAACCUGGUGUGUUUGAUUUUACCGAUCUCUUCCUCGAUUGCUCUGGUAAGUUUAAUCGGGUGAUAGUGCACACCAUCCUGAUUUAAUUCGAUUAUUACUUUCCACUCGUUUUUUCGUGUUUGCCUGUCAUACUGACAUGUUCUUGAUUAUUUUAGCCCUGCCCUGUCUCUCUCACCGACCUGGAUACCAUCCAUUCCACUUUCAUUCCCAUCAUAUCCACCAGGGCUAGUUGACAUGAUGUUACAAUCAGACUAACAUUACAGUUUAUGCAAAUCCGCUGAAAUAUAUUCAGUCUUACCGCGUUUACUCGUCUCUCCUCCCUCCAACCUCAUCCAGCUUUUCGACCGUUCUUCCUGUCAGAUCUGACCGAUUUAACCAACUUUUUAACCAAAACAGAAGGGAAACAGGUAGCUGUUAACCACCAUAGCAGGCACAGAUAACAAGCGUUCCCCACAAGAUGGCGCCCCCGUCCCAACAUGCAACACGGCGUGACGUCAAUCCGCGUUUAUUACCGAACCGUGACGUAAUGCAAACGCUCUAUAGAAUUCCUUAGAUGCUGAAGUCACAAACACACACAAAGUUAUAAAUAGAAGAUAAAUUCACCCCACCAACACAUUCUUCUAGUCUACUAGUGUUGCAGACCAGAGCGUGAAAACGAAUAUAACUGAUCAUAAUACAGUCACAAAUACCAUGGACAGAACAGAAACUUCACAGAUUGAGGAGGCACCAGAGGUUGACGUCGACGCUCUUCGUCCAUGCAUCGAAUCUGUUUUUCAGUUGAUGACAGCUGAACAGUGGGGAUUGUUGGAAAUACCUACCCCUAGUGAUGCCACUAAAGUUAUGCUGGCAGAGUGGCUUUUGGACUCAACAUUAGUGUCAAAAGCCUUGAUGGCUCUUAAGAGCACAAUCAUGUCUGAGUUGCAUAGUCUGUCCAGUCUGGGAAACAUGGUCCCUCAGAGUUUUACUCAGGUUGUGGA